CAGUAAACAAAGCAUAUAAUGCUUUGUCUAUGCAUGCAGUAUUGCAUGCAGUAUUGCAUUUUUGUUACCAUUUUAGGUACAUCUACCAUCUGCAAAGCAACAGAAACCACAAAACAUAACGAUGAAACAGGACAGACCUGGAGAUCUGAUGGUGCUUGGUGGAUAGCAGGAGCUUCUGUGCUUUCUGUUGGCAUGGUUACAGGGCUCUGUGUCAAUGUGUGGAAAUGCCAUUCCAAGAGAAACGCAGCUACAGAGCAGGAGUCAGAGGAUGACCAUGUUUACGAAUCUAUAGAGGACACAGAAACAGACACACCUUACGGUUAGUGUAGUUUGAGCACUUAAGCACUCAAGAAAGCGUAAAAAAGGAUGUGUUCUAGUCAUACGGAUGAAAGCAUGAACUAAUAACUGCUUUAGUGACACUGUUAUGCAUGUUAAAAAUAUGGCUGUAUCUUUAACAUAUAGUAGGCAAUUUACAGUUUGCUACACUUUGUAGUGGCAAUCAUCUAGCUAACCUGUUGUAUAUGCAUUCAGAACAAUGACUUUUGAAAAUGUCUUUCUAUCCACCUUACAGGACAUACACUGUAUGGACAAAAGUAUUGAUACACAUUUCUUAACCACUGAAUUUUGGUGUUUCAUUCAGACUCAUUGCCACAGUGUAUAAAAUCCAGCACCUAGCCAUGCAGGCAGGUUUACAAAGAUUUGUGAAGGAAUGGGUCAUUCUGAAGAAUUCAGAAAAUUCAAGCAUGGUAUUGUUAUAGGAUGUCACCUUUGCAAUAAGAAAGUUUGUUAAAGUUCUUCCCUGAUAGAUAUUCCAUGGUGAAGUGUAAGUGAAAUUUUGCAAAGUGGAAGUGUUUAGGAACAACCAAAACUCAGCCACAAAGUGGCAGACCACGUAAAAUAACAGAUCAGGCUUGCAGAGUGCUGAGGUGCAUAGUACACAAAAGUUGCCAAUGCCCUGUUGACUCAGUAACUACAGAGUUCCAAACUUUCUCUGGCAUUAACCCCUGCACAAAUACUGUGCUGGGAGCUUCAUGGAAUGGGCUUCCAUGGCCAAGCAGCUGCCUACAAGCCUCACAUCACUAAGUGCAACGCCAAGUGUCGGAUGGAGUGGUGCAAAGCACACUGUCACUGGACUCUGGAGCAGUGGAAACGUGUUCUGUGUAGUGAUGAAUCAUGCUUCCCUGUCUGGAAGUCUGAUGGAUGAGUCUUAGUUGAAUAGAUGCCACGAGAACGUUAUCUGCCUGAUUGCAUUGAGUCAACUGCAAAGUUUGGUGGAGGAGGGAUAAUGGUAUGGGGCUGUUUUUCAGGGGUUGGGCUUGGCCCCUUAGUUCCAGUGAAGGGAACACUUCAUGCUCAAGCAUAUCAAGCCUUUUGGGACAAUUCUAUAUUUACAACUUGAGUGAAAACAGUUUGGGGAAUGCCCUUUUCUGUUUUAGCUGUCCUAGUACACAAAGCAAGGUCCAUAAAAACAUGGUUUGGUGAGUUUGGUGUGGAAAAACUUGACUGGCCGCACAGAACCCUGACCCCAACCCCAUAGAACACUUUUGGGAUGAACUAGAUCAGAGAUUGUGAGCCAAGCCUUCAUAUCCAACAUCAGUGCUUCACUAUACAAAUGCUCUUCUGGAUGAAUGGGCAAAAAAAUCCCAGACAUACUUAUAAAUCUUCCCAGAAGAGUGACAGCUGUUAUUGAUGUAAGGGGGGGGCAACUUCACAUUGAUGUCUAUGGAUUUAGAAUGGGACGUCAUAAAAGUUCCUGUAGGUGUAAUGGCCAGGUGUCCCAAAAUUGUUGUCCAUGUAGUCUAUAUACUGUGUAUAUAUUGUACAGUGUUUUUUUUCUGAGCCAUACAACAUCCUACUUUAACUAUAAGGUGAGUGAUCCCUGUAUCACUCAAAGGUUUUAAAAAGUGAUCUUUAAAAUGUUUUAAAAAUCAUUCCAUUUGGUUGCUGGUUAGAUCCAUGUAUUUAGGUUUUCUUUAUAUUUGUUUCAGAGCCUUUGCUGAUACCACACCGGUCUAACUGCACUUUGAAUAUGAAUUUGAGGAUUACGGUACCAAUUGCUCCUUGUCUAAUUUAGCAAAUUAUACUUUUUUGUUUCCACAGGUUCACUGAAGCCAAAUGAGAACAGUAUCAACUGAUAACACAGAAUUGAAAGUUAAAGCUUCCACAAAACACCGAGUUAAUCCCUUGGUCAAUAGUCAUUUAUCAUUCUGUUCAAUGUAAUCAAACAUUUCAUUCUUGUAUUGGAUCAGUCAUUCUGUUUUUUUGUGCCUUGAUCUUGCCGCCUGAUCUCAAUGUGAAGUUUCCUCAUACCCAGGUCCUUUUUUUCUGAAAAAUGAAAUGUGCUUGGAAUGUUAAAAUCGGCUUUACAACUAGCAGUAACUGACCACCAUAUUCUUGUGAAGAACAUUCUCGACUUGGUUUAUUUACAGUAUAUUCCUCUAACAUAGAUGGAUCCAGUUUUUAUGUUUCUGAAAUAUUGGAUUAAAUUCACUGGAAAACUUAACUCAGUAUGGUACAUGAAAGUCUUCUAGACUUUAUUAAUAAUUUGCAAAAAUCUGCCGAGUAAUGAAAAAGCUUCCGUAAUGACAAAGAUCCAAUGGUCUAAACUAUGUAGGUAGAAGCCCAAAGUUAAUGUUUGAAAAAAAGUUCACAGAAAGUUCACAGAAAUCUUUAACACAAUAGAAGCAGAUCAAAAUACUGUGUGUGUAUUUGUGUGUGCGUGUGUGCAUGUGUGUGUCUGUGUGUAUGUGUGUGUGUAUAUUAUGUUUAUAUUACAUUGUGGUGACCAAAUGUUCUCCACAAAGAUCUGUGAAUGUAGUCAAAAAGCAAAAAAUGCCAAAAAUCUUGUAUAUAGUUUGGCUACUUGAGAUUAAGGUUAGGGCUGCGUAGGGGUUAAGGUCAUCAUGUUGGGAUUAGAAUUUUCCCCAUAGACAUAAACGGAAAGUCCCCACAAAGAUGACACAUUUUUAAGGAACAAUAAAGGUGAACUGCUCUGUGGGGGUGGCAUGUGGCUCUGCCGGGUCAGGCUUAGGGUUAGGGUUAGGUUAGGGUUAGGGUUAGGUUAGGGAUAGGGUCAGAGUGCCUGUGACCAGAAGGCCCCAGGUUAAAUCCUGUGGUUGGUCAGCAGAGUAAUUUCAGCAUUGGGCUCAGCAAGGCCCUUAAGCCCGAAUUGCUGCAGACACUGGUUACCCCUAGUUCCUCACUUGUAUGUCAUUUUGCAUAAAGCAAUUGCUAAAUAAAACAAAUAUUAAAUGUAAUGUUUUUUAAGGUGCCUGGAGUAUUUGUUGUUCAUAAUGAGGAUAAUCCUGACAGGUAUGGAUUUCUGUAUGAAAACACUGCUGUAUUCAAUGAGUUUCAUUCACUAGAUUAUUUCUGUGUCUUUCUUGUGAUGAUUUACUUCCUCUUUGGAUAUUUUGACCAUUUUCCACUGUUACUCAACAACCUACUUUUAUUAAUAGGGCAUCUCGCAUCACACUCGAAUAUGCAGUUAACAACACAUACAUCCCAUUCUGUUUGUGGAAGAAUGACAUCAGUAUAGAAAUAUAUAAUCAGCUUUUUAUUAUUUAACAUUUAUUGUGAGAAUGUCAUUUUGCAAAGAUAUAUUACGUAUAUUUUUGAAAGCCAGCAAAAUCAAAGCGUUUAACAUAUGUGCACUAUAUACAUGAUUAAUAAUGUACUUUGUUUUCAUCACUAUAGUGAAACAUGGAAUUAUUAUGAUAGACCCUCAUUGCUGCUUCUUGUGAUGCUGGAAUAGGAUUUAUUAUUUUCAUAAUAAGAACUUGAUUGACAGGUAGCUGUUUGGUCCUGGCAGAUAAAAGCAGAAGUUGCAGGACAGGAAAACUUGAAGUAGAAAGAGGAGAAGCACCAUGAGGGCUGAGAUACUUCUUCAGAUGUUCUUCUCUGCUUCAGUAAGGACCUCAAUGGUGUUCUUCAGAGUUUCAGUGCCAGAGGAACAUCACAUUAUAUUGAACUGCAGCAUCCAGCCCUGGAGCACCACCUCUCACCUGGUGUGGACACAUGGGGGUGACCGCAUCAUUGCAAAGAGCGACGGGACAGUCACCUCUGAUAUUGACAGAAAUAAACACUCCCUCCUGACAAAUGGAUCGCUCCUAGUGAGCAGACUGCAGUCCUCCGACUCUGGGGUGUACCAUUGCAACAAGCGCGCCGUGGCAAACGUUGAGGUGUUGACAGGUCUAGUCUACAAUGUGUCUACUGGGAGAACAGUGUUUCUUCCCUGUAAAACCUCAGACAAACAAAAACAAAAAUGGAUGAUGAAGAAGGACAAAAAUUCCAAGCGAAAGUCUGUCUCGCUGAAAUUCAAGAACGGAACAGUGUUGAAAGAGAUAGACGACCCGCAGAAUCGAUUCCUCCAGACCAAUUUCGAGCUGAAGAUAUUUAACCUUCAGCUUGCCGAUGCUGGGGAGUACUUCUGUAAUAAUGUCAAGGUGGCCAGCUUAAUGGUGACAACAGAGACUGAGGACAAGGAUUCAGAACCAAACGAUGGUGAAAUAUCAAAAUCCAUAUCUGCAUUUACAAUGGUUCUGAUUGUACUGGGGAUGCUGGUUCUACUAGUUGUUUCUGCUGGACUAAUCGUAUGGAUCAGAGUGAAAAACAAUAAGAAAGGAAACCUUCAGGAAAACACUGAACUCAAGUCUCAAGAAGAGUCUGAUUUAGGAGAACAGAGAAACCAAAAGAAAAAGGCAUCCGGAGUAGUCCACACAGAGAGCACAUGUAAGCUCAACAGACACAGAGCAGAGCGUCACUUUCUGGAAAAUGAAAGGGAUGGCCAAGAGGUUCCCCAUGAGGAGGCCCCUGAAAUCCAUUACGCCUCUCUCGGUCAUCAGAACUGGAGGGACAGGCCAUUUGCGCAAGAGAAGGAGCGUUAUGUCAUCUACUCUACUGUGUCGGGGAAAGUUGGGAAUUAGUUACAGAUGUUAUGUUGCAAGUAAAUGUACCAGCCUUGAAUGUUCUCAUACUGUUUGGUUCACUAUCGGACAAUUAUAUCCAAAGAUGAUGGGCAAAAUUCAGAUGUGACUUAAAUGAAUUCUGUGCUUUGUAUUCUGUCUCUAUUAUCUACAGUGCAGAAUUAUCAGCCACACAGACAUCAUGUGGAAUUAUGUAGGCUUAUGGUAUAAAGUAAUGUGAGGGUCUUUUAUGGAGUCCAUGCUUACAAAUAAAGAGAAGGAGAAGGA